AUGAACCCCAUAGUACUCUUAGCUGUGAUCGUUGGGUCGAGCUUCGCCGCUCCCAUUGAGGAGGAAGAUUUGGUGAGGACUAAGAAGCACCUCGGCGCACCUUGCGCAGGCGCCGUCCCAUACGCGCCUGUGGCCCUGUACCUGAACCAGGGCCCCCCGCCCCACUACAGGGAAGACGAUCACGAAGAAGAUCUCCACGCUCGUCUGGCUUACGACUCGUCUCUCGGCUAUGGAGCAAGUUCCUUGUCGUUGGGAGGCUACGGGGCCGGCGCCCACGGGGCUCUAGCCUUGUCAGGCGUCGCCCACGGGCCCGCAGUCGGCGUCUUCCCAAACGCUAACAUCGGGGGCUGCGCCAUCCCCAUUCUCUUGAGCUGCGCACCAAACGUCGUCGCUGGACACCUCGCCGAGUCCCACGGGUACUCCGGGUAUUCCGGCUACUCUGCCCCGGCGUACAGGACCUUCGAGGAAGAGGAGAGGCCCAAAAUGCCGCGUGUAGCCACCACCAGCCACCACAAGGUCUCGGAAGACUUUCCCGAGCCCCACAUAGCUCCUGCGAGCCACCACGUCGUGUCGGAAGAUUUUCCUGAACCGAACGUGACCCGCGUUGCCUCCCACCCUUCAGAGGAGAAGCCGAAGGUGUAACUUGAAUUACUUCUGUAAUAACGCUAGAAACAUCA